UAACGGACCGGAAGCGGGGCAAAAACUACCAGCGGAGAUGACGUCCACAGACCCCGAACUCCACCUGAGUCAGCAGCUCUGCAGUAACUGCGACACCUCGCUGUCCAAGUUCUGGUGCCUGGACUGUAACGGAUCUCUGUGUGACGACUGUGAGCUGGCCCACCGGAGAGUCUCCCUGACCAGAUCCCACCGCCUCCGCAACCAGCCGCAGUCAGUGACGCCAACGCUCCUGACUCCGGUGAAGUACUGCAGGCGCACAUGUCGGAGCCUCGGAGCUCUACUGCUUCACCUGCCAGCAGUUCACCUGUAA